GGGCGCCUCCUCGACGGGCUUCCGGGCGGCAGGCGGCGAUGGCUGCGGAGCGGGGGCUGCCGGCGGCGGCGCUGCCGGGGCUGGAGGCCCAGAGGCGGCAGGUGGAGGGCGAGGGGCCCGAGCAGCCCGGGAGGGAGCGCCCGCUGCGCGCCGGAGAGAAGUGGUGAGCGGGGCGGGCGGGCGGAGGCUCCUCGCGAGGAGACCCCUCCGGGAAGCGGCGCUGAGUCCCCUCCCUCGGACGGGGGUCGCGAGCUCCUUCCUCGGAGGCCUCCCUCCUCGGGGCGGGACGGGGCUGCGCGGCCGGCGGGCUCGGCGGAGCAUUUCCUCUCCCUGGAAGCUGGCGGGAUUUACUCCCUUCAGAGGCGCUGCUUCGGCUCCCUUAGUCUCCGGUGGAAGCAAAAGCCUCAAGUUCUUCUGGAGCACAUUUCUCAUACUGCUGACAUGUUCACUUCCGGAAUGAAAAUGCUAUUCCCCUUUUCCUUUUGGGAGGCAAUAGCUGCUCUGAAUCAGCUUGGCAUCUUCUUGCCUUUGGUUGUUUAAUUCACUUUCUUCUGUUCCUUCCUGUGUCUUGGGUAGACACUCCAACUACAUCAGUGGAUUUCGUGAAUGCGACCCACUCUUCCUACAUGGUUUUUUUUCCCUUUAAAAAAAAAGAAUUCGUGGUUCUAAACUCUUUGCCAAAAUAUGUGUGCUUUGCUGUAGCAUUCAAAUAUUUCUAAACAACUAUGUGAUUGAAAACCAGUCACCUCCCUCCCCCCCUUUGUUUUUUCUUGCGUAGCAGGAUUAUUGAGGUGACCUUGGUGAUCCCCACCCCAAGAAAAGACUUCUGUGUCUGUAUCAGAAAGAAUUUCAAUAAGUACUUAGAAUGGAGUUACUGUUGGAGAGAGCUGCUCCUGCCCCCCCCCCCCGGAGCAAAACUAAGGGCUGCCUUAGUUUUGGAGGUGGGUGAUCCCCCAUAGACAUGCUGUGGGCUUGGUUCUAAAGCUUUCUUACCCCCCCUCUGCCCUCUUAGUGGCUUCAUCCAAGUGCAGUGAAGUUUCGGUUUCUCAGCUGCCCCACCUACAAGGCCAGCCUCAUUUGGUAGCAGCCCCUGUCUCUCUUGCAUGAGCGCUUGGCGGUCUUCUGUAUCCUUGUGUGGCUUUACUUUCUGUGGAAUGAGUUUUAGUUUCACUCUCGAUAAACUGGCAAACUUCCUGUUUUUGUCACUGAACCUAGACUCCCUGUGUCAGCUACAUCUACUUUUCUCCUAGAUAGGGUUUAGAGAAAUCUUACCUCUCCAACCUGUUUUGUGCCAACUAACAUGCAGUUGUGUCUUGGGGAAGACAGUUGGGGAACCACAGCCCCAGUAGUGAAACAAACCACCUCCGUUGUCACAGAGCAGAAAGGCAGAGCUUCCUCAUUUCAUUGCAGGGGGUUGUAGAGGAUCUUCGGGUCCCUUCAAACUCUACAGUUCCAUGAGGUGCGUAGUCCAAUCUCACACUCCUUUAUUUGGAAGCCAGUCAUCCCACUGAGUUCAAAAGAGCUUGUUUCCUAGUAAAUGUGUGUAUAGGAUUGCAGCGUAAAUGAGAUAAGUUUGGUAAUAAGUGUGGGACAAGUAAGUCGGUUCACAUUGCAUACCAGCUUCAAGCUUCUGGUCCAUUGGUUUUUGACCAGUGUGCUGUGGCACCCUGGGGUGACAUGAGGAACAUUCAGGGGAGCCCGGGGGGGCAUUCUUUCAUUAACUUGCAGCCCAUAUCUUCCUGCAUUAUUUUUCUCUCUGAGGAACAUUCGGGGGAGUCGACACCUUUAACUUGCAGCCCAUUAUCUUCCUGAAAUAAAACAAUGGCAAAAAAAGUGGGGAAACAUUUUUGCCUGACUGUUGAUCUUCUUAAAAUCUCCCCCUCCCUACACACAAACAAGAAUCCUCCUCAGCUUCAGUAACGAUAACAGUUCCUUAGUUUUACACGUUUGCUUGGGUUCUCAUUGACACUUGUAUUCCCCCUUGCACAUGUCCAAAAGUGGCUCCAAAAAGGGGCAGGGCAGAACGGGGAAGUCCCCACUUAAUACACGUUCUGUAAUGGAACCCCAGGUAAGUGGCUUCCACAGGGGAGCUGCAGAAAGAAUGUGGUUGGUCGAGGGAGCUGUGGACCCCACAAGGUUGAAAACCACUGUUCUAGUCCUUGUUUUUUAAAGCUCUCUACGCCUCUCCUGUGCCCUUCAUUCUGCACAGGCUCCCCUGCUGUUUCUCCCCUCUGCUCCUGCUCACACAAUGGGCUGAGACAAGAAAGCUGCUGCAGUUACUGCUUGCACAGAUCCAGUUUGGCCCCCCAUUUAAUUUCCUCCCCAUGACUCACUAGUGGGAGGAGCCAGCCUUGCAUGGCAGUGAAUGAGUGUCAUGAUCAAUAUGUAGCUCCCUGGAAAGCUGGUGCAGACUCUCACCCGGGGGGGGGGGUUUGAAAUGCUUUCAACAAGCUGUUCUGCCCUUUCCUUCCUAAGAUUUGUCCCACUGUGGUAGCCCUGAGGGAUUCCCCAGCCACUGGUUUCCCCAGCCUGAGAAGAACUUAGAACUUUUUCCUAGCAUUAAAAAUGUUUCCCAGCCAAUUAAUGGUCUUCAUUGAUCCUGAGUUAGAACUAGUCUGGGCCUGAAAUCGUGAGCAAAGGAAAGAGAGACCAUAUAUUAGACUUGGCAGGCUUUUUAGCUACAUAGAACUCUUUGCUGGGCUGAUGUCUGUCUAACUAAAAGGCAUGCUUUCAUUUCAUGUGUUGCUUCUCCUUGCGGGUCAAAGCCUUGAGGAAUUUCAAGGAUGCUGGCUUUAUCAGAUGGUGUCGCUCCCAGGUUCUCAGUGGGACUGUGCCAUUGGAUGCUGAGCCAGCGUAACACCUGCAAGCUGUGAUCUUGCCUUUGGGUUCCCCCUCCUCAGCCCUUCCCAUUCCUCCUGGCCCCAUAGAGCUUGCCUGGAUGGAGGAACCACCCAGGGCUGAGCUCAGUCGGUGAGAGUGUGCCAUUGGAUGUAGGGAAGAGGAGAGGGGGGUCUUCCCCUUACCCCACCUGCUUUCCUUAAUGUCCAGAGACCCCUGCACAGUCACAAAAGGACGGAAGCUGAGCAUUCUGUACUUGAACUUACAUUAAUGUCCAAGGCAGUAUUACGAGGAAGGGAUCCAAACCUUGAUGCUGCUGCUAGAACAAAGUUUCCUCCGUGAAAAGGGUGGAAACUUCGAGGUGGUCUGCUUACAACGCACCAAAUAUGUAUUUAAGAUUGUGCCGACCCCUUUUACGGCCCUGUGGUUUGUGUCAAGCCGCCAGAGAUGUGACUGGAAGAUCAGGCGGAGGCUCUGCUGCCGUCAGGUUGCUCCUUGCCAUUGUGCGGCUGGUGUUAAGGUGACAGCCUGUUCCCUUCUGAGGACUUCUUAAUAUAGUGCCCCAGGGCAAUAGGAGAGGGAACUGUUUUUCAGGAUGGGACACAUAUUUCAUGGUUUGAGCUGACCCUAUGGUGGUAUAAAGGGGUAAUAUAAAAUCAACCACCUUGGGGGUGGAAUGCAGGUUUUUCUGCCCAUGGAAAUCCAGGCUGUUGACUAAGAAGGAAGGAGAUUAUGGGCAGGGAUCUUGGUUCACUGCCAAGCAGAAAAUUAAAACUGACUUUUGUAGACAAUCCACAUCUGCAAGUUGAAUGCAAUAAUAAAUUAUGCAAAUAAUUGAGGCUACGUGAUUUAAUCCAUUUAAUAGAAAGACUCUUACUUCGAACGUCCCAAGUAUUUCUUAUACAUUGCACAAUACUCUGCGUGUCUAAGGAGGAAGUCCUGCUGAGUUCAGUGGGGCUUAUUCCCAGGUAGGUGAGUGUUGGAUUGCAGUCUAAUUCUUACACAGUGACCCUGCAAAAUGGGAUGAGGAAAUGUGUGCCCUCCGGGUCUUGCCUGGGCUAAAAUUCCAGUUUUUGCAGGGCAUUGGCCAUGCUGGUCAGGGUGAUGGCAGCUGAUGUCUGGAGGGACCGACGUUGCCCUGCCCCUGGUGUGAGGAAUGGUCAUUUCUAUCCAGUAGUUGCAAAUUGUAGGAUUGGGGUUGAGACUGAAUGGCAGGGGCUUGCCUGGUAAAUUCUUGGCUAACUUGAUAUUUGAACCAGGAGCAACUGGAAAGGGUUCUUUUAUUCUGUGGGGCUGCAAGUGAGGGCCUUUCCUUCUAAUGAUGUGGCAAUUCACAAUUUAAUAAGCAAAAGUUACCUUGUGUAUUCUUUCACAUUGCAACAAAACACAUAGAUUGAAGUGUGGGUAAUAUGUAUAUAUAUAUAUAUAUAUAUAUAUAUAUAUUUAAGUUAAGCCAUAGUUUGGUUCAAGGUGUUUACUUAACUAAAUAUUUUUAGAUGAUGGGCCUAGAAAUAACUUACAGUUUCUUAGGCACACCUGUUUGCUUUCAGUCGAAGCUGUGACUGUGUUGCCCAUCUUUACUGCCAUAGUCUAGGGAGAGGAGGACUUUGGAUAUUAGCAGACCUGGGCGAGCUGGUACUGGGUCUGUGACAGGAAGCUGCAAAGAGCGGUUGCAGCUGAAGGGAGCCAUGACCUGCCUCCUCCUUAUCUGAGCCUUUGGAUGGUGUGAUCGUUACCUUUUUAAAGCUUAUCUCUGUGGUCAAGAGGACUAGAAAUUUGCUAUUUCAGUCAAAAUAGUGGGAAUUCUCAGUUGUCUGGACUGAUAAGCUGCAAGCAGAUGUAUGCAGUAUUUGGCACAGUUGCAAGGCCUUGGAUUGAGACCUUAGCUUUCCUUGUGGAGGAGGCAUCCUUCCUGACCCUGUUUGGGCUGGAGGAUGGAGGGAGACUUGCCUGCUUAUGUUUAUGCACACUGGUGUGGUUCUGGAUUUGAACUUGCUGUUUCUUUGCCCACAGGUAUUUGCUGGAGAAUCAUUGGUACAAACAGUGGAGAGCAUACGUGGAAUCUGGAGAUCAAAACUCCAUCUCUUUCCCUGGACGGAUCAACAAUGCUGAGCUCUUUGAAGGUACAGCUUCCUCUGUCCUAUUAUUUUAUUUUGAGAUUCUUUCCUUCUUCCCUUGACAUACAUUCCCAGGGCAGCACAGCUAGAUGAAAACCAGCACUAUGUCAUUUUUACCCCCAUCCUCCAAGGAGCCCAGAAUGUCAUUCAUUUUAUCCAGACAACAACCCUGUGAGGUAGAGUGGGCUAAGAUGUAGCAACAGAUCCAAAGAUGCCCAGUCAGCUGUUCAUCUGGUUUUCCAUCCCAGAGCUGGCUCCUUGAUGCAGUUGCUGUAUCAUGGAAGGGGAAAUGUGUUGGAAGUUGAGAAAUAGCUUUCCCGUCUUACAGCAGGGAGUUCUGCUGAUGAAGGUCCUGUGCCAGCCUUUCUCCUUCUCCACAGACAGAUGGCCCUGUUGGAUUUCAAGCCCUUUUCCUUCCUUCCAUCCUCCCAGAUACAGAGUCGUACCGGUUGAAGGAUAGACUGGUGGAGCAUGAGGAAUACGUUCUGGUGCCAGAGGAGGUCUGGAACAAGCUGGUGACCUGGUAUGGCCUUGAGCAUGACCAGCCAGCCAUUGAACGCAAGGUGAGAAAUUUGUAGCUUAGAGAGCAUGGACUGUUGAGGAAUCUGUGCUCCUGAUAUUGGGAUUCCCAGCUGCCAUCACAUCCCUGAGCAAUUGGUUGUGUGUUGGGAUUCCUACAAUGUCUGGGUGGCCACAGGUUGUUCUGCCCCCCCCCCCCCCGCCCAGAGCUUCAGCACUGGCAUAUUCUGCUGUGACAAAUGGAGAGGAGGAGAGAUGGAGCUUUUGAGAAUGAGGUAGAGAAUUGGGAGGAGGAGAGGCUCCCCCCCCCCGCCCCGUUCAAACCUGAUGUGCAUAUUGUGUGUGAGAGAGGUUAUCUAUCUAGAAGCCAGUUUCCUCCAUACUGGCUGGGACUUCCCUUGGUUCUCAGUGGAGAGAGGGCUGCCCAAGAGUGUUGGUGGUUCAGCAACUGGCAGAGUCCCCACGCCAAAGGUAUCCCUGAGGUCAGCCUUUAUUUUCACCUGUGCAGCCAAGUGCUUUCCAUUCACUCUUAUGCAGAAAAGUCCCUGGAGACCCUCUUUGAGGUUAAUGGACCCUCAGCCCUGGCCCCCCCUGUCUGGCAUCUCCACCCUUAGCUCAGGUUGCUCCCAACGCAGAAGCUCUCAUUCUUUGCCCGCUUUCCAGCCAUUGUAAUGGCCAGCACUUGCCAGGAUGUAAGAACAGGCCAUUUAGCUUAGGUUAUAGACAGUGCUCUUUUUCUGGGGGAACGCAGGAGUAUGCAUACCCUUAAACAUUUUGUGAAUCCAAGUUUGGCCUCAUUGAGGGGCAGUAUGUCAAUAUGAGUAGGAAAAUGAGAAAACCCCUAAACAUUUAUUUAGAGGGGGGGAGCACUGGUUAUAGAAUACAGUGGUACCUCGGGUUAAGAACUGAAUUCGUUCUGGAGGUCCGUUCUUAACCUGAGGUUCCACUUUAGCUAAUGGGGUCUCCCGCUGCCGCUGCACGAUUUCUGUUCUCAUCCUGAAGCAAAGUUCUUAACCCGAGAUAAUAUUUCUGGAUUAGCGGAGUCUGUAACCUGAAGCGUCUGUAACCUGAGGCGUCUGUAACCCGAGGUACCAAGAGUGUGACAGGAAUGUGAGGAGAGGCUGCAGGACUUUCAGUGUGAAACUCCUCGUGUCAGUGACAGCAGCUGUCUUGUGUGGAAUAAGAAGAAUUUUAACUGGAAGUGUGCUUUAUCAUUGAUCCCCAGUACAGUGCCUGCAGGUGCACAUGGGCCGCAGAGGCUUGCCCCGGCACCCGGAAGGUCCCAUGCCCUCCCCUUGCUGGAACUAGACCCAGAGGGAGCCUUUGGCCAGCUGGUGGCUUUUUGCAAACCUAACUCUGGCCCAGGGGCAAGGGCGUUUCCCGCACGCGGAACUCAUGUCACUUCUGGUGCUUUGCAGGUGCCCCAAUGGGAGCCAAAAGGUUGGCAACCCCUGGGCAGCAUAGGUUCCUGCGGCAUCCUUCAUAAACGUUCUCUCAGAAAUUUUUACCACGUCCCUGCAAUCUAGGCCAGCGGCCCUGUUUUGCAGGGGGCGCUGAAAAGAUUGGUGGGCCUGUUGAGGUCAUGGCUGGAGAGAGACUAACUGGACACAUCCCCCUCUGGAGCCAUUCCUGCUCUCUGGUGGAGCCCAGUAUCCUAGCAAGUGCUCUGCUUGUUCCCUUUUGGUGCACAUUGGGCUCUCUCUCUCUCUCUCUCUCUCUCUCUCCCUCCCUCCCUCUCCCUCUCCGGACCUUAGCUCCCCUUGCUUUAAAGGCUGCAGUCCUGUGCUUACCUCAGCUCAGAUUGCGGGGCAGUAUCACCUCUGAGCAAAAAGGCACAUGGAGUUGGGCUGUGAAGUUUUAUUGAGCUUUUAGCAGAAACUCCCUGCACAGUUUCAGUCUUUUGCCCCACAGCCAUGAGAACUAGAAACUCACUGUGGAGACACGUGCUUUUCCUGUCGUAGAGUCCAACAGAACAACGUAUUCCACAUUGCUCAGAAAUACUGAUGAAAUGCAUUGCUUCAGGUUCCCCCCACCCCCUUUAAUGGUACACGGUCUCUUACUGACGGAUGCAGUUCUGAUUCUUCCUUCUCAGGUGGUGGAUCUUUCCAGCAUGCAGAAAGUGGAGGUUUACCUGGUGGAACUUUACCUUUGCCAGCACAGUGACAUGGACAACCCUGUCACUGCCCAGUUUAGCCGAAUGGACGUUAUCGGUAAGGACCCAGAUGGUGGAGACAAGUUGAAGACGGACUGUGAGGAGAAGGAAUAAGGCCCAGGAUUCUCACAGAGGGACCAUUUCUCCUUUGGUCACGUACAGUGCUUUUCCCCCUAAAAAAAAUGUUUAGGGGUACACUCAUUUUCACUCAAGAAAAUCCAUUUUGUGGUUCAAAUUGGGAAAAAUUAAUACAUUAAAUUGGACAAAAGUACAAAGAACAUGCAUUACCUCAUAUUACACAGCUGACAGCUCACAGUAACUUCCACAUUGCCAUGAGGUGCUAGAUUCCAACUCCUGCUUCACACAUUAAACGCUCGCUUCCCUCUGAGACUCAGGAAACACCAUGACAGGAAAUGAGGCUGCCAUCGGGGUGGCAACAGAACUGAUGAUUCACUGUGCUAGAGAAGAAACUAGAAAAUUUAAUUUUUAGUUUCUUCUCCUGUUAGAUUCACAAAAUGUUUAGGGGUAUGUACCUCCAGAAAAAAGCACUGGUCACAUAUCUAUUUUAAACAUAAAUAAAUAAAACAACCUCUUUCCCUCCCCUAGAAACGGUGCUGAAGGAAGCACGACGCCAGUUUUCCGUUCCAGCAGAGGCUGAGACAAGGUUGUGGGUGAAAAACUCAGACGGCUCAUGUGAGCGGCUACGGAACUUGCAGAUGACGGUGUUGGAUGCCUGCCUCAGUUCAGGGCAGGUAACGCUCCUAUCGCCAGGGUCUGGGGCUACUUUGUGGGCAGAAGAUGUCAGGAUCCAUCCCUGGCGUGUCCAUUCAAAGCAGGUGUGAGGAACCUCUGCCCAGAUGUUGCUGAACCAGAACUGCCACCAGCCACUGCCAGGAGGGCCAAGAGGGAUGGGCAUUGCAGUUCAGCAAGAUCUGGAGGGCCAACGGUUUUCCACACCUGAGUCCAAGGGUUUGAGUUGGCCUUGGAGAGCUACGGCCAGUUGGCCUAGUCUGCUCUGAGCUCAUUGGUCAGCUUGGGCUAGAGGGAAAAAUAGCCUGGUGGGAUAGGCAGGAUGGGUUCAUAUCCUCUUGGGGUCCCCAGCGUGGAGCCUCUGUGUGAGGCUUUGACACCAUAAUGAGGAGCAUUUGUGUUUAAGCUCACCCUUCCAGAAUCUCUAGCCAGUUCCCCUCCUGCACAAGCCACAGGCUAGCCUGACCUGGACUUGGAUCCUGGGUUGUCUUCCCCUUUACUACACUGAAUGCUAAUAAAGAACUGAGAAGAGUCUAUCGCAUAAGCUUGAUUUAAAACCAGCCCAUACCUCUUGCUGUUCCUGCCAUUACAAACCAACAACACAAAACUGGGAGGAGUGAUGGAGGGAGGUGAGGCUGAGGGGGCAAAAAAAGAAGAAUCAGUUGCCUUCAGACAGACACCUGCGCUAGCACCUCUCCCUCACUGCCCCAUUUUCCUUUUUUAAAAACAAAGUGUGCUGGAGUUAGUUAAACAGUUUUAAAGUGUAUACGAGUGCGUUGAGAUGCUUUGCCACCAGUUGGCUUUUUCUGGGCCCGUCUGUUUUGGACUGAAGGAAUGGCAGCUUCUAUUAUGAGCCCCUCGGAGACGCUUGUCCAGAUACAUGGCAGUUAAUCCAGCCCUUCUUUCCUUCCUUCCUUCCUUCCUUCCUUCCUUCCUUCCUUCCUUUGUCCCUUCUCCCCUCCCCCUGCUGGCACCUGCACUCUGCCAGGUGGUGGUAAUGGAGACCAGGAGUAAGGACGGCACUUGGCCCAGCUCUAGACCACAUAUCAUGUGAGUACCUGCAUGUGGUGUUUGCACAGCUCCAAAGUGGGGCACCUGGCUUUCCUCAAUGCUUUCAGAGUCUGCCUCCCUGCCUGAGAGGCUGCUGUGUCUCAGGAGCAGAUUGAGCCUGAACUGUGGGAGGCUGCAGGUGCUGCUGUUCUCUGGCUGUUGUUUGUUCCAGCAGAUAGUCGGGUGUCAUGGAUGUCGAGGAAUGGUGGGAGGAACCAGCUGGAGAGCCCCCAAGGGAAGAAGGCUCAUAGCCCAGAGAUUUGUGGUGGGACGACAAUGCGUGGUCAGAGGAAGGAGACUGGGAAGAGGAGGUGGUGGAAGCUGAAGGGGUAACAGGUCUUAGUGAACAGGGAGAGUCUGUGGCAGAGAGCAGUCCAGACUCGGAGGCAGAGCAGAGUCCAGCUGGUGAAGAAUCCAGGGGGUCUCAAAAUUUCUUUGUGUACACAACUACAGCAGCGCCCUUGGUGUCUGCACAGAAAUUGAAAGAGGGCACGACACCAACAAAGGAAGAAUGGCAGAUGAAAUUGGCAGAAUAUAUAGAAAUAAGAGAUCAGGAUGAAAGAAUUUUUAAGGAAGAUUGGAAAAGAUAUUUGAAAAAAUAUAUAAACAUAUUAAAAUGUUAACAGCAUUAGAAUAAAUUCAGCAGUAAGAAAUAUAUUGAUACAAAAUUGGAAAAAUGAGAAUGAGGGGGAGGUGGUGGAAUAGAAUAUGUAGUAGAAAAGAAAAUGAACCACGGAUGGGGGUGGGAGGGAAAUCAGCGAUAAAUGUAUGUUUUGUAUUUGGACUUAAAGUUAUCUGUUUAAAGUUGUAAAAAAAUGAAAAUGAUAAAAAAAGUAAUAAAAAGGAACCUGGGGGGGUCUCCUCCUCCUGGUGCAGCCCCUCCCCCUGGUGUUCCAGAACCAGAAGAGGCAUGAAGAGGGUGGAGGAGAGGUUGGCUUCACGCCGGCACAGUUUCCAAUUGCUUGGGGGAAACCCUGGAGAGGAGGGGGCUUAGGCAGCUGAGGUGGGGACCUUCCGUCUCAGUAUUGGCUUCAUGCAGGCAAAACCUACUGGAGAUGCGCUGCUGUGCUCCUUAGGCCUGACACUCCUGUGCCAAAUGUGUUUUUGCAAUUAAAGAGUUAACUGCAACUUGUGCUGUGGGAUUCACUGUGGUCUGGCUCCUGACCCUGGGCCUCAUCCUCCCGCUGCCCUUCUUCACAGUCUCCCUCUCCCCCCCCCCCCCAGGAAGAACUCCCUCGAGGACGAGGAACUCUAUCAGGGCCAGCCUGGCGUCUGCGGUCUCACCAACUUAGGCAACACCUGCUUCAUGAACUCUGCUUUGCAGGUAUGAGGUGCAGGCUGUGGCAGGUGCAGAGCUGAGAGCCAGGACAGCGUAGCUGGUUAAGUGGGUGGACUAUGGCCAGGGAGACCCGGGUUCAAAUUCCCCACUCGACCGUGGCGCUCGCCAGGUGGUCUUGGACCAGUCAUUGUCUCUUUAACGCCUAACCCACCUCACUCCGGUUGCUGUGGGAAUAAAAAUGGAGGCUGGUGGGGAGAAGAGCAGCAGACUCUGCCUUGAGCUCCUUGUAGGACAUGAGCGCAGUAAAUAAAAAUGGAAGCUGGGGGGGGGGCUGUUGCUUGGAGGCUGAGCCCCUCUGCCAAAAGGAGGGUUUUGCUUGAGCUCUCUAGCAGGGUGCACUGUUGCAGUUCUCUGCCCACUAGUGGGGAGUAAAAUAGCAAAACUUGCUGUCUGCUGGAAAGACUUGAAGCAGUUCUCCAGUUAUUAUUGCUAUUACCAUUUAUUAAAUUUGUCUCCUGCCCUACACCGGGAGAUCUCGGCUUAGGUGUUGGUGGGUUAAUGGGUGGGAACUAGAUCCUCCUAAGGCAGAGAAGCCAAGUGGUCAUCUUCUUUCUGCAGGUCCCCCCCCCCCCCCGACUGGUGAGCCGCUUAAUAUUGUGCCCUUACCACGUGCUCUCUGAGCUGCUUGAGGAGCCGCCAGGAAGCAAAGGGGCAAAGAACUGCCAGGAUAAAUAUCCUGGCUUGGGGGAAUGAGUCUUCUGUGCAGGUCUCAGUGCAUACUUGGAAGUUUAUUUUCACUCUCUUGUAUCUAAAGACUUUCUUGGAAUACACAAGCAGCUGAGGUUCUUGGGAUAUGCAAGACCUGUUCCAUUCUGGAAUUGCUGAGCUCCUCCUUCUAUGGACUAUGGUCCUCUUUCUCUCUCUCAGUGUCUCAGCAAUGUGCCCCCUCUUACUGAGUAUUUCCUCAACAACCGCUACCUGGACGAGCUGAACUUCAACAACCCCCUGGGCAUGAAGGGUGAGAUUGCAGAGGCCUACGCUGACCUCAUCAAGCAGCAGUGGUCCGGCCACCACCGCUCCAUCGUGCCUCGCAUGUUCAAGGUGGGCUUCCUUUUCCUCGCCAUUGCGCUUUCUCUUGCCAUCUUCCUUGGUGCUCAAGGCCACCCUCUUGGUGUUCCUCUUCCCUGCAGACCAAAGUGGGCCAUUUUGCCUCCCAGUUCCUUGGCUACCAGCAGCACGACUCCCAGGAGCUGCUCUCCUUUCUGCUUGACGGGCUGCAUGAGGACCUCAACCGGGUCAAGAAGAAAGAGUACAUCGAGCUGAAGGAUGCAGCAGGGAGGCCAGACGAGGUGAGCAGGGUGUACAGGGCCUGGCAGCGUUGGGGAUUUCAACUCUGGGGCCCAGCCACUUUUGCGUUGUUUUUUUAAAUGAAUGUGGCACAUUGGGAGUAAACCCGGGCAAACUCGCAACCUUCUCAGUUGUGAUUUCCAUGCUCUUUGUGUGUUGCUUCCAUAGGAAGUUCAGUGAUGUGCUGAGUCUUUGGUAGUCUUGAUCCUCAGUGUAGCCUCACGGAGCAGGUCACUAGCUCCCUGUAACAUGCGGUGGAAAACAGAGGUGCUGACUCGGCCAAAGCUUUUUCACUGGCAAAUGAUGGAAUUUGGAGGCUGUUUGAGGCAGUGCCCUGAGCAGGGAUGGGGAGCCUGUGGUCCUUGAGAUUUCUGGUGGACAGCAAUUCCUGAGCCAUUGACCACAUGGACAGUGGCUGAUGGGACUUGGGGGUCUGACAGUAACUGGGAGGCCGCAGGUCCCCUACUGCUGCCGUAGAAGGUGGGAUGCAGGAAAUACUCUGUCAUUGUAUGUUCAAUUCAGUUCAUAAUCUUAAUGAAUUUCUGGAGCCUUCUACCACUGUACAAUAUCUCAGGUGACAGCACAUCCCACCUUCGCCUCCACAGCCGGCAAAGAGGAUCUUAGCUUUGCUCUUGGGCUUCCAAGCCUACCGAGAGGAGUGAGGCAAGAGGGAAGCUGGAGGAGAGCUCUGUCCUUGAGGGGGUUUGCAGGAGGUUUCUGUGCUUUGCAGGCAGCUCAGUGCAGUUUCUAAGGCAGCCUUCCUCCCUCUGGAAGCUUGGCCUGCAAUCCCAUCCGCCCUGACCAGCACAGAGCUGUAGCCCCAAACCCCUGGAGGGCAGCAGUAGGACAAAGGUCUCGACUGCCAGCCUUGCGUCCUAGAAACUGAUUUAUCAGCUAGGCAUGUGCCUGGGUUUUGGGUGUAUGUAUUUUGGAACCCCUUGGCAGUGAUGUGCCCCUUGCUAGAGGGAAGCCCUGUCCUUCUUUCAGCUCUUCCGUCUCCCUCCCAGGAAGUAGCGGAGGAAGCGUGGCGGAACCACAAGCGCCGCAACCACUCCAUCAUUGUCGACAUCUUCCACGGGCUCUUCAAGUCGACGCUGGUGUGCCCCGAAUGUGGCAAGGUUUCGGUGACCUUUGAUCCCUUCUGCUACCUCAGUGCUCCCCUGCCCAUCAGCAAGGACCGGGUGAUGGAGGUUUUCUUUGUGUCCAUGGACCCCAGCAAGAAACCCGAACAGGUAAGGAACUAGUCAGGGAAGGUGCCUGGCAAGAGGAGCAGGGCUUCUGCAUGAACCAGGAUUGAGUCGCUGGGAUUUGCAGCAAGGACCAGAAAGCCAAUGCCUUGCUCGCCUGCCUGGAGUCUGGUUCAAUCCCCAGCACCUUCAGGUGGGGCUUCAAAUGUCUCCUGUUUGCAACCCUGGAGAGCUGCUGGCAGUGCUGAGCUAGAGGGAACCAAUGGUGUGGUUUGGUACCCAGCAGUUUCCUGUAUAUACUCUUCCUGCCUGGGGACAAUGAACAGAGGCGGGGGCAGGACUUGCCCAUACCUGGCAGGGAGCUGAAGGGAGCCUGGGGAGAGCCAUGGGAGGCGGUCCCCAAGGAGACAGCGUGGGCUGGAGACAGGUCACCUCACGGCAACUUGUCUUGGGUUUGGGCUUCUGGCUUUGUUCCAGGUGAACUUCCUCUUUUCCUUUCUUUUCCUUACAGCACAGACUGAUUGUCCCAAAGGCCGGGAAAGUGCUAGAUCUCUGCCACAGCCUCUCCAGGCAUACAGAGGUGCCUGCUGAGCGGGUGAGUUUGGGGGCAGAGAAAAACAUCUGAUUUUUUUAAUCAGUAAGUUUAGUGCAUAUGUUAAGUAAACUGCUUAGAGAUUUUGAUUGAAUCUGGUUAAAUAAAUAAUCAGUAAAAGAGUUCCCUUAGUUCCUUCUUCCCUCUGUGGUGACUCGGGGUGUCUCUCUUUCUCAGAUGAUGGUGGCUGACGUGUUCAGUCACCGCUUCUACAAGAUCUACCAGAUGGAAGAAUCCCUCAGCUGCAUCCUGGACCGGGACGACAUCUUCAUGUGAGUGCGUGAGCUGCAGGGGGGGCAGCGGAGGAGGGUUGGAGUAGAUCCAUUGGAGAAGGAAGAUGGCUAGGUCUGCAAGAAGGUGUAUCUGAAGAAGUGUGCAUGCACACAAAAGCUUAUACCCAGAACAAACUUAGUUGGUCUCUGAGGUGCUACUGGACAAUUUUUUAUAUUUUUUUAUUUAUUUUGACUGUGUCAGACCAACACGGCUACCUACCUGAAUUUGCAAGAAUGGGUUUGUCUGCACCUGAAGACCAGCAGGGAGGAGCUCUCUUUGAGGAGGGGGGCAUCUUUGCAGUCCCUCUGUGGAACCUGAUGUUGGCCAGAGUUGGAGAAAUGGGCUCGUGUACAAAGAGCGCCUUAUGGAAGGCAUCUAGGAGUUAGUGACAUAAUUGAAACUGGCCCUAGAAAUAGCACAUCUGGGCAGGGACAGAAGUGGCUCUUUGUAGCAUACAGCCAGCUGCAGAACGCUGCAUUGCCCUUGGGGUCCUUUCCAACGCUGCAAUUCUGUUAUUCUUUCUGCCUGCUGCUGAAAUGUAUCUGGAGGCCUGGUGGGGCCUGCCCUCUGGAUAUUUAUUAGAUUUCUUACCCAUCCUUUACUGUAAUGCCCCAAGGUGUGUUAGAACAAUGAAAUAUACCACUGUAAAAUGAAACAAAGAACAGUUAUGAACAUAAAACAAGAAAAGUGUAGAAGGAAAAAUGGUUCCAUAUAUAUAAAGGUAAAGGUACCCCUGCCCGUACGGGCCAGUCUUGACAGACUCUAGGGUUGUGCGCCCAUCUCACUCUAUAGGCCGGGAGCCAGCGCUGUCCGCAGACACUUCCGGGUCACGUGGCCAGCGUGACAAGCUGCAUCUGGCGAGCCAGCGCAGCACACGGAACGCCGUUUACCUUCCCGCUGGAGCGGUACCUAUUUAUCUACUUGCACUUUGACGUGCUUUCGAACUGCUAGGUUGGCAGGCGCUGGGACCGAACGACGGGAGCGUACCCCGCCGCGGGGAUUCGAACCGCCGACCAUGCGAUCGGCAAGUCCUAAGUGCUGAGGUUUUACCCACAGUGCCACCCGCAUCCCUGCCAUAUAUAUAUAUAUAUAUACAAUGCCAAAACAAUUCUGUUUAUAAAACUGGUUAAAAAUAGCUCCAAUGCAGACUCAGCCUGAGAGAAAGAUCUCCACUUCAAUAACAAUAACACCACACCCAUUUACACCACACUCAUCUGGCUGGGUCUCCCCAGUCACUUUGGGCAGCUUACAGCAUAUCUAAUACACUUGUUGAAAGAGGGAGGUCUUGUGGGUGCCAAAAAGACAAUGGAGGCGGCACCUGUCUAAUAUGUCAAGGGAGGGGGCAGGCGCCACCACACUCAAAGCCUUACUCCAACUUCCUGGUAAUAUGCAUGUCUCAUCUUUUGGGGGAGGGCAAGGGGGGCAUUGCUUGUUUCCCGCCCCCUCUGGAUCUUUGUCUCCUUCUCUCUCCAGAUACGAGGUGUCUGUGUCCACACUGGAGGAUCCGGCCACGGCAGAUGCAGUGGUGCUCCCCGUGUACCUCCGCGAGCGCACCCAGGGCCGGGACUACAGCAACACCUACUAUGGGGUGGUUCUCUUUGGUCACCCACUCCUGGUGUCUGUGCCCCGGGACCAGCUCUCCUGGGACUCGCUCUAUCAGCUCUUGCUGCACCGGCUCUCGUGAGUUCCUGGCAGCAGCCUUGGCCCUCCAGUUCCUCCCGGACCGAGUGCCCUUCCUGCUUUUGCCUGCCUUGCUUUGAAGAGGGUGGGAGCGGAGGGGACAGAAGUGCCUUGCCUAGGGCCUGCCUUGUAGGAUGUGCCUGCAGCCCAAAGGCAGUGGGGAGACUUAGAGUUUUGCCCUAGGUUAUUUUCCCUUUGUUUUCCUUUUUGCAUCAGGUAGGCCAGUAGUCUUCAACUUUUGUCUAGACCUGAGACCCACCCUUAGCCCAAACAUAUGUAUUUGGGGACCUUGGGAAUGUUUGUGUUGCGUUUUGUAUGGUGCUGGUGCUAUUGCGGCUCACCUGUGGUCAGGCUGCUGUCCACUCCUGGAUCCCAACUUUCAAGUUGAAGGCCAGAAGGUGAGAUCCAGGUGGUUCAGUGUCCAUCUCUUGAUUUUACUCCAUAUUGGAGGGCCAGCAGCUUGUGUGUCUGAACAGUCUCUUGUUUUAUAAACCUUGGAGGGGACAUGGAAGCCUUGGUUCUGGGGGCCUCAUUCAUGCUUGAUGGUAGGCCUCAAAGAUGUUUCUGCGCAUGGGUCAACCAGCCCUGGGUGACUUUCACAGACAAGAUCACACAGUGAGCAUUCAAAGCUGAGGAUGCAUUUGAACCUCAAUCCCCCAUUGUCCCCUGCAAGUAAAUGGCUCCUUCUAUCCCACAGGUUUGUGGGAUGGGAAUCUCCUUUCCUUACUCUAAGGUGCUUUCCCCUUGGGGCUGUACUGUUUCCUAGGAAUUCCUUGCUGGGGUCUGCUCCCUUUCUGGUACUUUUCCAUAUCUGUAGCAUAUCUGCCUUCCCCUAUGCUGUGCUUCCUCCUACCCCACCCCUUUUUUUCCUUACGUCCCUCAAGAUCGACAUCUUUGGCAGGGCACUUCCUGAACGGCUUCAGCCGCACUUUGUGGUUUGCAGCACAGAAUUCAGUAGAAACAAAGGAACAUGGGGAACGGCCUUACCCUCAGCUGGACCACUGGACUGUCUUGCUUGGUAUUGUCAGCACUGGCUGGCAGCAGCUCUCCAGGGGUUCAGGCAGGGCUCUUUUCCCAGCCCUCCCUGGAGAUGCCAGGGGUUGGAUCUGGGGACACUCCUGCAUGCCCCUAAAAACUGGUUUGGGUUCAGCAAUCCAGGUUCUCUUCUUGUGUGCGAGAAGAUAUAAAAGUCUAGCUGGGUUGUUGGUUCCAGUUUGAGUUUGAACUCCCCAUUCAGGCCCUUCCAAAGCAGGGAGGCCACUCCCUCUAGGUCUGCUGCUUGCAGGGGAGAGAAAUCUUCACAGGGAGCUGCGUUUGCAGUUAUGGCAGAUGGAAGAACUGCCCUGGGGCCGGCAGGUGUGUUGUAUUGGACUUGCCUGCCAUCUCCCUGCAGCAGCCUUGGGCUUGCUGCUGCACUUGGCAGUGCAGGGCACCAUAGUUGCACCCUGUUGGUCUCCAGAUGCUCAGAGGGAUAUUCCUAUUACCAAAAAGCGAGAAGCGUUCAGUGCAUGAUCUGGGGCACUUUGCUCCCGAGGGGGAGGGGGGAGAUGUGGCCCAUUCAUGCUCAAACGCUCUGCUCUCUAUUAAACCUGGUAAACCUUGGUUCAUGCCUGAAGCAAAAACUUUACGGAAUCUUUUAACAUUGUUUUUCUGCAAAGUAGCUUUGCCCCUGCUCUCCCUCCAGCCCUGUGCCUCUCCUAGUUGACAAGCAUGUCUCCUGCUUUCUUCACUCGAAUCUUCAUCCAGCAGCGCCCUUCAUUGCACAGUGCUGCCACGGGGGGAGCUGUGGAGCUUGCCCAUGACAGUGGUUCCCCCUAGUGGCUAAGGGUGUGACUUGCUUCCUCCCCCCCCCCCCAUUUUGGCAGCCGCUACGUGACACAACCAGACUCUGAGGAAGAGGAGGAUCCGAGUGAGGAGGAUGAGGAGGACCUCUACAACAAGAGGCCCAAUGGGCUGAGCGAAGGUGAGGGGUUGGUGCGAGGGCAGAGUGUUGAUGGGGUGGGGCAGGCCAGGUUUUUAAUUUGGCCGCUGCCUGUCCUUUCCUCUCCAAAUGCACAACAGGGGAGGACGAGGAGGAGGAAGAGACGACGGCAGAAGGCUCCACGAGCCAGGAGCCCAGCUCGGAGGCGGAGGAAAACCCCUCGGACGCCUCUGUGGGGGAGGAAGGGGCUGGCGUGGAGGGGAGGCCCAGCCCCAGCCCCAGCCCAGCUCCUCAGCAGCCCCCUCAGUCCCCCCAGACACCCUCUUCCAGCCCCAGCCCCCCGACGGCCAACCAGGCCAAACGCAAAUGCUGCCAGAAGCGCCGCAAGCUACUCUUCACCCUCCAGGCCGUCAAUUCCAACGGGACCAGUGACCGGACGGCUGCCCAGGAUGAGGGCAGCACCGUCUCCUUCAACUGUGAGUCUUCCCUCUGGCUCCUGGUCCAUGCAAGCUCCCAAUAUUGGGGGGGCGGGAGAGUCUCUGGGAUUCCCUUGCGGUUGUUGCAGCGACAGGUGGGGGUGGGGAGGCCCUCUUCGGAGCCUUUCUCCCAGCCUGGCUGCACACGUGUCCGUGGGCUAUUCCAGCCCCCUUCUCUGAAAUUCUCAGGUUCACCUUUUUUGUUUAACGGCCUCCAGCUCAGAUAUGCAAACACUCAUCUACUAGAAUGUUGAUUAAGGCUUGUGUCCCGGGUCAGUCCUAACCAGAGUGGACCCGUUGACACGAAUGAACACGACUCGCUUAGGUCCACUAAUUUUGGUGGUCCUGUCAGUUGCUGAAAUUUGCAGGAGGGGAGAGUGCUGCUGCCCUCAGGUCCUGCCUGGGGUCUCCCCCUGUGAGAACAGGAUGCCAGACCAGGUGGGGCCUUGGCCUGAUCUCUCAGGGCUCUUGUGCUCUUAAGGAUACAGCCCUAAGAAGUGAGCGUGUUCUCACCUUUUCAUCUUCUGGUCAGUGAGUGUCAAGGCUCCGUGUAGAGUCUUAAUGGCUGCAUUGCUGGAGUAAUUGCAGCCACCAGUGACAUGUGCCCUACAAAAGAUUACCAGGAAGGGAAGAUGGCCCUUUGGCUAGAAACCCUUUUCUGCUCCAGUGGCAAAAUUCCUCAUUGUUUGGCCCCUUUCCUUCUGACGCACUGCCCUCUGGAUACUUCUGUAGGGGGUGGGACUAGUGGGUGUGGCAGUGGUGACUGGAGAGCAGCAGGAUUAGUCCUGUUCAGGGUCCUUCUAGCCUGGCGUUUCAUGAAUGACUUCCCCCUGCACUGCCUUGAGAGAUGCUCGGGGUUCCUGCCACUUUAACCACAGUUUCUCCCCUUGGCACAGCCCAACCGUACAUUGCCAUGGACUGGGACUCCAACAUGAGGAAACGCUACUACAAUGAGGCGGAGGCGGAGGUGAGGGCGAGGCAUUUUGCUGCCCCCAGUCGUCCUCCUUUCUCUUUCCCUUGCCCUCCUCCAGCUCAGCCACAGGGACCUGGCAGACCUCCUGAGGGUUCUGGACUCCCAGUUCCUGCCAGCCUGGCUCUCAUGGUCAGGGACAACAGGCAAAAAACUGGAGGGUGAUGGGCGCCCCCUCCCCACUUCCGCUCACCUCUCCCCCCCCCCCACUGUGUGUGCACUGCCAGGGCUACAUCAAGCACGACUGCAUGGACUUCACGCCAAGGAAGAAUCCAGUGAGGCUGCAGGAGUGCCUCGAACUCUUCACCACUGUGGAGACCCUGGAGGAGGAGAAUCCCUGGUGAGAGCCCUGGUGGGUCUCUUGCUUCCAGAGGUAGAAAGGAAGGGAAGGAGCUACCGGUGGAGCAGAGUCGAAUCCUGGAGGCAGUUGGCUCUGACCUUCCAGUCGUGGGUUGGCAAAGCUGCAGCGCCUCAGAUUCUCUUAUGGCUCAAACUGUUCAGGCCUGGUAUUGCUUGCUGUGCAGAUGGCCCUAUUCGACUCUGGCCUGGUAGUGGCAGCCAAGGGGCCUUACAGCUGGAACUCUCUUGCCUAGCCUGACUGGAGAGCCUUCGGGGGAUCUUGAGAAGGAGGGAGUCCCCCCCCCCAUGCAAUGUGACCCCGUGCACUUUUGUUAUGUAAGAGGGGAAGACAACCCCCACCCCUCCGCACACACAAGAUGUGCAUAGGUUUCAUCAUGGACAACAUGCCUUCAUGUGCAGCGGGCAUCAAUGGCAGAGUCUUCUGGUCCAUCACAGCUGAUGACACCAGACUUCCAGACUUCUCACUUCAAAGAGAUGAUGAACCAUGGGGCUGGUGGUAAAUAUGCCAGUCUCUUUGAAGAUCCUCCUGAUGACCCUCUUUUUCACCUAGUGUUUGGCUAGGCAUUUUUCAGUUUUCAGAAUUGGUGUGUGUUGCAGGAUUUUGGGUGCCCUGACCAAAUCAUUUUCACGUUUGUUCUCCUACCCCCAACCCAGAUACCCGUCUCAGGAUUCCUCCUUUGUGUCUUAAGAUGGGUUGCCUGCUAGUCCUCAUGCAAACACCUGUGGCUUUUCUGCUGUUCUGAGUGCUGUGCUCACCCCCAGCUCCUCUCGUGCAGGUACUGCCCCACCUGCAAGAAGCACCAGUUGGCCACCAAGAAGCUGGACUUGUGGUCGCUGCCAGAGAUCCUGAUCAUCCACCUCAAGCGCUUUUCCUACACCAAGUUCUCCAGGGAGAAGCUCGACACCCUGGUGGAGUUCCCUGUCCAGUAAGCCACUUGGUCCAAAUCAUUAGACAACUUGUAGGGGUGAGAAGAGACAUGGGGGCAGCUUAUUUGGGGUGGCUCAUGCCUCUGAAAUCAUUCCACUGGGGAGAAAUCUUUCAGAGGAAACAGGCAUGCUUGUUAAAUUUUCAGGAUUCCACGGGCCAAAGAGUUACCUCCUCCUUUCAAACCCAGUAUCAAUAAAGGUUUUUCAGAAGGCAUGUUGACUUCCCACUGGAGCUGGCUUAUGCAGCUUGCAGAGAGCACUUCCCCAGUUCUGAAGAUACCUGAUAAAAUGGAGCACAUUUGCUUUUUUAAAAAAUGACUUUAAUGCAGGACUGGGGAACUUGUGGCCCUCCGGGCACUGUGGGCUCUCAACACCCAUCAGCCCAAGUCAGGGUGGCCCAAAGGUGGAGAUGAUGAGAGUCAAGAGUCCAGCAUGGGUUCCCCCCAUGUCUGACUUCACGGCACCCAGAGGGCACUCUAGAAAUGUGUGGUGCUUGGGAGCCCGAGCCAGCCUGGCAUUUGUUUGUUCGUGGCAUUUAUAGAUCACCUGAUCACUAGCAUGUCUAAGCAUUCCUCCUACACCAACCCAACUGGUAGAAGACAUUUGUUUUUACUAGCGUGCUCGGAGGUUAGUUGUCUGCAUUUUCCUGCUUUACGAAAAGCAAAGGGUUUCUCUCCCACCACAACCUGCUGGGAAACAGAGGUUAGAAGUCACUUGUUGGCAUCCGUCUGUCUCAAGAGACAGUGGAGUGGGCAGUCAAACCACUGUGUUAGCAACACCAAAGUGACCUCUCCGGGGCGCAAGCCUGGGCAGCCAGUGUGGAAGUUCUGGGCUGCCCAGAGACAAGACCUGCCCCCUUUUGGCCUCCAAAGGAAGCAGAACAAUACAUUUGUCCCUAGCUUGCCUGCAGGAGUUGCCGGAAGAAGGCGUUCAAGGUGCCAUUUGGCCAUCUGCAGGACUCCACUCAAAAAUUUUGUGGGGUUUACUCCUUAGCCUUUUCUUCUCCCUCUUAGCAGUCUAGUAAAAACAACUGAAAGCUAGCAACUUUCUAUGGGCUGAUUCACAAGACUGUCCUCAGCUGUCAGCAGGAAGUAACGGGCCUUACGGGGGGUGGGGAGAAUUUCUGAGCGGGUGUUUGUGUUUCAAGGUGUUCUUGAAAACACUUCAGGAAAGUGCAGCCUUAAACCCCAGAAGUUAGCAUGAUGCUUAGGAAUAUGCUUAGGAAUAGGGUGGCUGUGACUUUUGAUGCCAGUGCUGGUUCUGCCCCAAAACUAUGUGGAGGGUGUUGCUGAGGGGAUCCCUCUCUGGCCCUAGGAAACAGCAGAUUAUCAUCUCUGUCCUGUAGGGAUCUCGAUUUCUCAGAGUUCGUCAUCAAGCCACAGAAAGACACUGACCCCACACUGUACAAAUAUGACCUCAUCGCCGUGUCGAACCACUACGGGGGUCUCCGAGAUGGGCACUGUAUGUAUUAUUUUGGGGCUGUAUGUAUUCCUUUUGUGUUGAAGGGAAUGAAUGCAAGGUGGGGAAGAGACACUUGGAGUUGAAAUGAAAUGGUUAACAGCAAAAUUAGAGCCAGCUCUUUGUUGGGCAGCCAAAGACUUAGGACUUUGGUUCAUUUAUCCUUCCUACAAAGUGAAAAUGCACAACAGGUAAAUCUGAGAUCUAAUGGGUGGCUUUCCAGUAAUUCUGUCUGCGCAAGCAUUUCAGCUUGCCAGAUGGAACGAUCCCUCCCCUCCUCCCCGUGUGCUGUUCUGGCGAGUUCUCUCAAUUUCCACAUACCCCCAGAGCCAAUUUCAGGGGAGCUCAGAGAGGGGAGAGGGAAGGAAAGCCCCAUUGUGGAAGUCCCUGGGCAGGGCUUCUGCUGACCGGGGCUUAUUAGGUGAAUCCCACCCCAUGUAGUACCAUAUUUUUGCAUGUAUAAGACGACCCUUAUUUUUUUUGAACCUCAAACUAAGAAAUUAAGAAGUUGCUCAGCUUUUGGGGGGCAAUUGCCCUCAAAGCUGUUGAGAUAAUUUUGACCGCAACCCCCGUUCUCCUGGCGGUGGCACUGAAGGGACAUUGUGCUUUACUGCUGGAGAGCCUGAAGUCUCCAUAGGCAGCCGCUGGCACUCGGUUUCUUUCUCCAGGGCACACACGCCAAGCAAAGGAGAGGAGCGGGCACUUGCCUUUCAGUGCUCCAGUUGCUGCCCGUAAUUUUGCCUGGUUUGCAGCGCAGCCCAUGACCCGGCACAUAUGUGUGUGCAUGUGAGAAAGAGCGGCAUGUGUGGAAGCAUUCUCUGGCGGCUGCGGGAAGAUCAAGGAAAUGCCACAUUUUUCCAUGUAUAAGAUGACCCCCAAUUUUUCACUAACAAAAUUUAGCAAAAAAAUCAUCUUAAACACAGAAAAAUACGGUAAACUGAAUUUAAAUCUGUAUUGUUAUUAUCACCAUCUUGUAAUACUUAUAUGAUACCCUCUAGUUACAAAGAACCCCUCCCGGGGGUGGGGGGUUCACAUCAAACAGUAGAAUAAUAAAACUCAGCAUUAAAAACUGUACAAACCAACGGAGCAGAGAACAUUUGCGGAGUCAGUAGAAGCAACUAAAUGAAACUAGCAUUGGUGACAUGCUGUACAGAUACAACAGAGCAGAUGCUUUAAUUAAAUGAGACAUGGGGUAAAACUCCAUGAGGAAGGGGGUAACCUCAGCUUGUUGUGACAUCCACAGUUUGUGUCAGUUCAAUUAGUCUUAGCCAUAGUUAGUGAAAACCAGCCAACUUCAAACCAUGGUUUAUGAAGCCAGUUUGUUUUCUGUAACCAUAGUUAUGAUUAAGUUCAGUUUAGGACAUCACACUGAACUCUGGCUAAUUAGGACAGAAACUGAAGUGUCUUGCAGCUCCCCUGCCAAAAACACAAGCUCACGGCCUGCUGUGGCCUAUCCGGAUGCUAAACCAUUCUUUAGCACUGCAGGUGAAUGUGGCCUGUGUGUCUGUGCGAGAGCUAUUUCUUUUUGGGGGAACAAAACAGUAAGGAACAGAAAUGACCAUGAGAACAGUCUAGAAAUGAACAAUUCAUUGUUGCAGAAUUUCACAUGGGGAGUAAACUGCUGCUAUUAGAAAAGGCUAAGUGCAAACAAAUGUUGGCUAUUGGUAGAUGAAAGAGGGGCGAGUAGGAAGUGGUGUCCCUGAGGGGAGGGGAAAAGCUCAGUGCGGAAUGAAAAUCCCUUCUCCAACUGUUAAGACCUCACCAGCCCUUUUGUAGUUUCAGAGAUCUUAGUGGACACUAGUUCAGCUUAGAACUUGCUGGGUUCCGCUUUAAAUGUAAACUGAGGCCCUGCUGAUGGAUGCCUCAGCUAGCGGCAGGAUUCAUGCAGCAGAGGAGCAGUGCAGGUAGCCCACCCCGCAGAUUCCCUCCCCAGAGGACUGGGUGCGCGACGCAAAAGGCUGUUUGUGCAGAAGCUCCAGCUGGCCCGAUUCUUCUCUCUUCAAAUGGGAGGAAGGUUCCACAAGUGGAGGACCAAAGUGCUGACUAGGUAGUGGCUGACAGGUGAUGUGAUUGUGAAGCACCUGAAGGGGCACAAUGGGUGUCAGAAGGCAAAGCAGCACUUUGGUGAGUCUGACUGGUCUUUGUGCCCUCUAGACACGACUUUUGCCCGGAACAAAGACAGCGGAACGUGGUUCUACUUUGAUGACAGCAGUGUCUCUGCAGUUUCCAAAGUCCAGAUUGAGGUGAGUCAGGCAGGGCAGCCCUGGAUGGGCUCAGCUUCUUGGCACUUGCUGGCAGGUGUCUUGGAUGGCAAUGCCAUCCCACCCUCUUGGCUGGCAGGCUGGCAAAAUCUCCCUCUCGAUGGCCUGUGCAUCUCUUUACAAAAAUACUUCCAUCGCAUCUCAGCAAGGCAUGUCUCUAAGCAGACUGGGCUUUUCAUUUGCAAGGAAGAAGCAGAACUUGGUUGUCCUCCAGUCUCUUUUCUCAAGCAGACUGAUACUUAUCCCUUUUUCCUGCUUUAGAAGCCCCCUGGUGUUAUCCUGAACAAGUUGAGGGGUGCAGUGGGGGCAGAAAGGAGGUCUUGGCACUGCGGUCUGUCUGCUUCAUUGGUCUUUCCAGGGACUAAGAAUGGAGGGUCAGGAACUUGAAUCUCUCACGUUGGCACUCUGCCCUUCCUCCAGUGAGCUCAGGGUAGCAGUUAUGCAGCCCUCAAGCAAUGGAUCUCGAGAUCUGACUGCUCUCCUUCCCCCCUCCAACCCAGCAAUAUCCUCACAACUCUGAGAAUGACUUGCUCUAUCAGCUUCAUGGCCUGGAGAUGUGGGGCAAGGAGAACUCAAACACAAACCCCCCUUCUUGGUUAUGUGAUCUACUCUACCCCAUUGAUUCUUUGUGAACUGAGUUUCCUGUAGUGCAAGUUGCUUUGAUCCUCUUUGAAAAAGCGGCACAGGACAUUUUAACUCAACGGUGUGGACCUUUGCAUGUCUCCUGACUCUCCCUCGCCCCAUCCUAUGCCACUUGAACUCCCCCUGUGACCCCCCUUCCCCUGAUCUGCAUCUCAGGCUCCCAAGCAUCUCUUUUGCCCUCACCUGCUGCCUCUUAUGCUU